AUGUCAUUUUGACGAGAAUUUUUCAGACCUUUACCUAACUCCCCUCUUGCUUAGCAAACAAGAUAAUAUAAUUAGCAUGAGGUUAAAUUAUUAUAAUUAUUAAUUAUAUUUUAAUAAAAUUUAUAUUAAUUUUUUAAUAUUUUCAAAAUUAUUGCUCGGCUUGCUAAGGAAGGAUUAAAUUCUUUUCCAUUCGCUGGAGACGAAACAUGAUUGUAUACAACAAACAUAAAGAAAGUAAAUCUUAAACAGGAAACCAAUUCAAGCGUGAAAAAAUGGGUCAGAAAUUCAAAGAAAAAGCAAAAUCAACAUUUGCGAAGCCUUCUGGCAUUGAUCUUAAUGAGGCCCUUAAAAUUUUACAAAUUGAGUCCAAUUAUACAGUAGAGCAGGUAGAGGAAAGAUUUAAACGACUCCUUAAUACUAAUGACCCAGCCAAAGGAGGUUCUUUUUAUCUUCAAUGCAAAAUCCAAGGGGCAAGAAAUACUUUAUUAGAAGAAUUAGAAAAGCCUCAAGAGCAGCAAGAGCAAGAAGAGCAAGAAGAGCAAAAAGAAGAAAACACAGAAGGAACUGAAAAGAAGGAAUAA